AUGAGCAAGCCAGACUAUCCAUCCAGAUACACGCUACUCUACGACGCUGGGGAAGGGUACUUUUGGAAAUAUAAGAUAUCCAACCGCGACGACGAUCUCAAUACCACUCUAAAGUAUUAUCGUGAAGCUUUUAAAUUACAGUGGAUCUCACCCCUCUCUCUAUUUGAUGUGGGAUACAAGCUCGCCAACGCCUAUGCAAAAGUGGAGAAAUGGAGGGAGUCUUACGAGACUUUCGUGCAGAUGUUAGUAUUGGCACCACACUUGUUUCACCGGUCAGCCGAAUACUCGGAUAAACAAAGAUUGAUCUUUACAGUCAGUGGGGUGGCAUCGAUGGCUGCUGCUGCUAUCCGAGUUGAAGAGCCGAUAUACAGAGUCAUUAGCCUCCUUGAGCUUGGGCGUGGCAUAAUCACACAGCCAAUGCAAGAUAUGCGUCACGACCUUUCUCAAGUGAAGGAAUCGCACCCUGAGCUUGCACAAGAGUACACUGAGCUUACUGGGCGGCUAUCCAAACAAAUCCUAUCUGGCCCGAAAGACAUUAAAGGUCGCUACGAAAUGGCGGAGAGGCUAGAUGCAGUGAUUGGUGAAAUAAAUACUAUUUUAGGAAUCUCCCCGUAUGCAUUUUUCUGUGAGGAAAAGUUCAUGAAAAUGGCGGAACACGGCCCUGUUAUCGUUCUCAACCUUGCAGUUGAUCGCUGUGACGCAAUCAUUCCUGAGAAGUCCCGGUUGCACAAUUUGCAUCUGCCUGACUUUCGUUCCACUGAUGCUUUUCAGAUGGCACAGAAAAAGGUCCGUGAUUAUGAGCUCUUAGAGUGGAUGUGGACAACAACGACCAGGCCCAUCCUCGACGCUUUAGGUAAUUGCGACAUUUCCCACUUUGCUGGCCAUGGCCGAACAGAAACGUGCGAUCUUAUCCGCGGUGCUAUCUUGCUCCAAGACUGGAGAGAAAGACCACUGAUCGUGGGUGACCUUUACAAAGCUGAUAUCUCUGGGUCACAACCGCUCCUGGCAUAUCUCUCAGCGUGCGGAACACGAGAAGUAGCGCAGUAUCAUUUACAAGAUGAAACUAUCCAUCUCAUGAGCUCCUUUCAAUUUGCAGGAUUUCCGCAUGUUAUUGGGACCUUGUGGCAGGUAAAUGAUGAGACGUGCGUUCACAUGAGUGUUGGCGUGUACCGACGGAUUUUGGACCAUGGAAUGCGCAGCUCGUCAGUGAGCGAAGCUUUGCAUCAUGCCAGUCGAUCCUCAGAGAGGAUUGGGUGA